UCCAUAACGGGGUUAUAUCCAGUUUGUCUUCCCUUACCGACAAACGGGCUAGGUUUCCCAGUUUUGUCAUCUCCCCACGCCUACCGCGGAUGAAGGGCUAAAGACACAGCUGUGAGGACUUCCCUUCGGCCUCAGCCCGGGGGGAACCAAAGAUCAGAAACGUCCGGACUGGCGGGUCGGGACCCUGCUUCCGGGAAGCCGACCGGAAGUCGCUCCGGGUGCUGCGACAAACCCGACUUCAGGGGCCGUCGUAAAAGUGUCGUCCCUGGUGCGUCGGGCCGGCCACAGGUUUCCGCUAGCUGGCGGCCGGGGGUCGGGAACUGCGGACGUUCGUUUCCUUUAAGAUGGCGGACGACGAGACGGACGGAACCGAGAGGAUGGACGUCAGCUCCGAGCCUCCCUUGGCCCCUCAGCGGCCGGCCUCGUGGUGGGAUCAGCAAGCUGAUUUUUAUACUGCUUUCUUACAUCAUUUGGCACAACUAGUGCCAGAAAUUUAUUUUGCUGAGAUGGACCCAGAUUUGGAAAAGCAAGAAGAGAGUGUACAAGUGUCAAUACUCACCCCUUUGGAAUGGUGCUUAUUUGGAGAGGAUCCGGACAUCUGCUUAGAGAAAUUGAAGCACAGUGGAGCAUUUCAGUUGUGUGGGAAGGUUUUCAAAAGUGGAGAAACAACAUAUUCUUGUAGAGAUUGUGCAAUUGAUCCAACAUGUGUGCUCUGUAUGGACUGCUUCCAGAGUAGUGUUCAUAAAAACCAUCGUUAUAAGAUGCACACUUCUACUGGAGGGGGUUUCUGUGACUGUGGAGACACAGAAGCAUGGAAAACUGGCCCGUUUUGUAUGGAUCAUGAACCUGGAAGAGCAAGUACUACAAAAGAGACCUUGCAUUGCCCAUUGAAUGAAGAGGUAAUUGCUCAAGCCAGGAAGAUAUUCCCUUCAGUGAUAAAAUACAUCGUAGAAAUGACUAUAUGGGAAGAAGAAAAAGAACUGCCCCCUGAACUGCAGAUAAGGGAGAAAAAUGAAAGAUACUAUUGUGUCCUUUUCAACGAUGAACACCAUUCAUACGAUCAUGUGAUAUACAGUCUACAAAGAGCUCUUGACUGUGAGUUGGCAGAGGCACAGUUGCAUACCACUGCCAUAGACAAAGAGGGUCGCCGGGCUGUCAAAGCAGGUGUUUAUGCUGCUUGCCAGGAAGCAAAGGAGGAUAUAAAGAGUCAUUCAGAAAACGUCUCUCAGCACCCACUCCAUGUGGAGGUGCUGCACUCUGUGGUCAUGGCUCACCAGAAAUUUGCUUUACGCCUUGGCUCCUGGAUGAACAAAAUUAUGAGCUAUUCAAGUGACUUUAGGCAGAUCUUUUGCCAGGCUUGCCUCAUAGAAGAACCCGGCUCUGAAAAUCCCUGUCUUAUAAGCAGACUAAUGCUUUGGGAUGCAAAACUUUAUAAAGGUGCCCGUAAGAUCCUUCAUGAAUUGAUUUUUAGUAGCUUUUUUAUGGAGAUGGAAUACAAAAAGCUCUUUGCUAUGGAAUUUGUGAAGUAUUAUAAACAACUGCAGAAAGAAUAUAUCAGUGAUGAUCAUGAUAGGAGCAUCUCCAUAACUGCACUGUCCGUCCAGAUGUUUACUGUCCCGACCCUGGCCCGACAUCUUAUUGAAGAGCAGAAUGUUAUUUCUGUCAUUACUGAAACUCUGCUAGAAGUUUUACCUGAAUACUUGGACAGGAAUAACAAAUUCAACUUCCAGGGUUAUAGCCAGGACAAACUGGGAAGAGUCUAUGCAGUAAUAUGUGACCUAAAAUACAUCCUGAUUAGCAAGCCUAUAAUAUGGACAGAAAGAUUAAGAGCACAGUUCCUGGAAGGUUUCCGGUCUUUUCUGAAGAUUCUUACCUGUAUGCAGGGAAUGGAAGAAAUCAGAAGACAAGUUGGGCAGCACAUUGAAGUGGACCCUGACUGGGAGGCUGCCAUUGCUAUACAGAUGCAGCUGAAGAACAUUUUGCUCAUGCUCCAAGAGUGGUGUGCUUGUGAUGAAGAUCUCUUACUAGUGGCUUAUAAAGAAUGUCACAAAGCUGUAAUGAAGUGCAGUACAAAUUUCAUGUCCAGUAGCAAGACAGUAGUACAAUUGUGUGGUCAUGUUUUGGAAACCAAAUCCUACAGAGUAUCUGAGGACCUUGUAAGCAUACACCUACCACUCUCUAGAACUCUUGCUGGUCUUCAUGUACGUUUAAGCAGACUAGGUGCUGUUUCAAGACUGCAUGAAUUUGUGCCUUUUGAGGGCUUUCAAGUAGAGGUCCUAGUGGAGUACCCUUUGAGAUGUCUGGUGCUGGUUGCCCAGGUUGUUGCUGAGAUGUGGCGCAGAAAUGGGCUUUCUCUCAUUAGCCAGGUUUUUUAUUAUCAAGAUGUUAAAUGCAGGGAAGAAAUGUAUGAUAAAGAUAUCAUCAUGCUUCAGGAAAUGCAACACUCAAUUUCACAGAUUGGAGCAUCUAUAAUGGAUCCCAACAAAUUCUUGUUACUGGUUCUUCAGAGGUAUGAACUUGCUGACGCCUUUAAUAAGACCAUAGCCCCAAAAGACCAGGACUUGAUUAAACAGUAUAAUACAUUAAUAGAAGAAAUGCUUCAGGUCCUCAUCUAUAUUGUGGGAGAACGUUAUGUACCUGGAGUGGGAAAUGUUACCAAAGAGGAAGUUAUAAUGAGAGAGAUUACUCACUUACUUUGCAUUGAGCCCAUGCCACACAGUGCCAUUGCCAGAAACCUACCUGAGAACGAAAAUAAUGAAACUGGCUUAGAGAAUGUCAUAAACAAAGUGGCCACAUUUAAGAAACCAGGUGUAUCAGGCCAUGGAGUUUAUGAGCUGAAAGAUGAAUCACUGAAAGACUUCAAUAUGUACUUUUACCAUUAUUCUAAAACACAACAUAGCAAGGCUGAACAUAUGCAGAAGAAAAGGAGAAAACAAGAAAAUAAAGAUGAAGCAUUGCCGCCACCACCUCCUCCUGAGUUCUGCCCUGCUUUCAGCAAAGUAAUCAACCUUCUCAACUGUGAUAUUAUGAUGUACAUUCUCAGAACCAUAUUUGAGCGGGCAGUAGACACAGAUUCUAAUUUGUGGACAGAAGGAAUGCUCCAAAUGGCAUUCCACAUAUUGGCACUGGGCUUGCUGGAGGAGAAGCAGCAGCUUCAGAAAGCUCCUGAAGAGGAAGUGACAUUUGACUUUUACCAUAAGGCUUCAAGAUUGGGAAGUUCAGCCAUGAAUGCUCAGAAUAUACAAAUGCUUUUGGAAAAACUCAAAGGAAUCCCCCAAUUAGAAGGCCAGAAGGACAUGAUAACAUGGAUACUCCAGAUGUUUGACACAGUGAAGCGAUUAAGAGAAAAAUCUUCUUUAGUUGUGGCAACCACUUCAGGAUUGGAAUCCAUUAAGAAUGAAGAGAUUACUCAUGAUAAGGAAAAAGCAGAACGGAAGAGAAAAGCUGAAGCUGCUAGGCUACACCGCCAGAAGAUCAUGGCCCAGAUGUCUGCCUUACAGAAAAACUUCAUUGAAACUCACAAACUCAUGUAUGACAGUACAUCAGAAAUAACAGGAAAGGAAGACUCCAUUAUGGAGGAAGAGAGCAGCCCCCCAGCGGUCAGCGACCACUCUAGAGUUGCUUUGGGGCCUAAACGGGGUCCAGCUGUUACUGAAAAGGAGGUGCUGACAUGCAUCCUCUGCCAAGAAGAGCAAGAGGUGAAACUAGAAAACAAUGCCAUGGUAUUAUCAGCCUGUGUGCAGAAGUCCACUGCCUUAACCCAGCACAGGGGGAAACCCAUAGACCUCUUAGCAGAAAUGCUGGACCCUCUUUUCAUGGAUCCAGACUUGGCACAUGGAACUUAUACAGGAAGCUGUGGUCAUGUAAUGCAUGCAGUGUGCUGGCAAAAGUAUUUUGAAGCUGUGCAGCUUAGCUCUCAGCAGCGCAUUCAUGUUGACCUGUUUGACUUGGAGAGUGGAGAAUACCUGUGCCCGCUCUGCAAGUCUCUUUGCAACACUGUCAUCCCCAUCAUCCCUCUGCAACCUCAGAAGAUCAGCAGUGAAAAUGCAGAGGCUCUUGCUCAACUUUUGACCUUGGCACGGUGGAUACAGACUGUUCUUGCCAGAAUAUCAGGUUAUAAAAUGAAGCAUGCUAAAGGAGAAACUCCAACAGUUCCUGUCUUGUUUAAUCAAGGAAUGGGAGAUUCUACUUUUGAGUUUCAUUCCAUCCUGAGUUUUGGAGUUCAGUCUUCAGUGAAGUAUUCAAAUAGUAUCAAGGAAAUGGUCAUUCUCUUUGCCACAACAAUUUACAGAAUUGGACUAAAAGUGCCUCCCGACGAACUAGACCCACGAGUGCCCAUGAUGACCUGGGGCACAUGUGCUUUCACCAUCCAGGCCAUCGAAAACUUGUUGGGAGAUGAAGGAAAACCUUUAUUUGGAGCACUUCAAAAUAGGCAGCACAAUGGUCUGAGAGCAUUAAUGCAGUUUGCAGUUGCACAGAGGACUACCUGCUCUCAGGUCCUGAUACAGAAACAUCUGGUUCGACUCCUUUCAGUUGUUCUUCCUAACCUACAAUCAGAGGAUACACCAUACCUUCUAUCUGUAGAUCUAUUUCAUGUUCUGGUAGGUGCUGUAUUAGCAUUCCCAUCCCUGUAUUGGGAUGACACCGUUGAUCUGCAGCCUUCAGCAGUUAGUGCUUCAUAUAACCACCUUUACCUCUUCCAUUUGAUCACGAUGGCACACAUGCUUCAGAUACUUCUUACAAUAGAUACAGGGCUCCCGCUUGUUCAAGGUGAAGAGGACAGUGAAGAGGCUCGCUGUGCAUCUGCUUUCUUGGCAGAAGUCUCACAGCAUACCGGCUUCAUUGGGUGUGGUGCUCCUGGCUGGUAUUUGUGGGUCUCCUUGAAGAAUGGCAUCAUUCCUUAUCUUCGCUGUGCUGCAUUGUUUUUCCACUAUUUACUUGGGGUGACUCCACCUGAAGAACUGUUUGCCAACUCUGCUGAAGGAGAGUACAGUGCACUCUGUAGCUAUCUGUCUUUACCCACAAAUUUGUUCCUGCUUUUCCAGGAAUAUUGGGAUACUGUAAGGCCCUUACUGCUAAGGUGGUGUACAGACCCUGCCUCCCUCAAUGCUUUGAAGCAGAAAAGUGCGGUGGUCAGGUACCCUAGAAAAAGGAAUAGUUUGAUAGAGCUUCCUGAUGACUACAGCUGUCUUCUAAAUCAAGCUUCUCAUUUUAGGUGUCCACGGUCCGCAGAUGAUGAGCGAAAGCAUCCUGUCCUCUGUCUUUUCUGUGGGGCCAUCCUGUGUUCUCAGAACAUCUGUUGCCAAGAAAUAGUGAACGGGGAAGAGGUCGGAGCUUGUGUUUUUCAUGCGCUUCAUUGUGGUGCUGGAGUCUGCAUUUUCCUCAAAAUCAGAGAAUGUAGAGUGGUCCUGGUGGAAGGAAAGGCCAGAGGCUGUGCCUACCCAGCUCCUUACUUAGAUGAAUAUGGAGAAACAGACCCAGGGCUAAAGAGAGGAAACCCACUUCAUUUAUCUCGGGAGCGCUAUCGGAAGCUACAUUUGGUCUGGCAACAGCACUGCAUUAUCGAAGAGAUUGCCCGGAGCCAGGAGACUAAUCAGAUGCUAUUUGGAUUCAACUGGCAGUUACUCUGAGCUCCGGCUCUGCCUCAAAUCAAUCAUGAGUGACAUCAGUAAUAAAGACUGAUCUAAAAUUCUAGAGAACUUUCUGAGGACGGGGACAUAUUAGAGGGUCCUUUGAUCCAUGUCCAGAUUCACAUACAUUAAUAAAAUAUUCCUUAAUGGAAUAUUGCUUUCAGUUAUCAAACAUAAGCUUCAAGGGAAAAACAAGACAUAGAUUAAUCUGUUUUAUGUUCUAGAACACUAAAGAAAUGCUUGUUCACCCAAGUGUCUAUUUCUGCUAAUAUUUCCAGAAAACUCAUUUCCCUUCAUAACUGUCCUAUUUCAUUUCAUGCCAUCCAUAUUAUGAAUGAAGUCACAUCAAGCAUUUGUGGACAUUUUUACAUAUGGUGAAAGUCUCUGCACUUUGGUAUUUGGCAUUUUCCUGAGUGUAAUUCAGCUUGCGUUAGAUCUCUGUCAGAAGCUUAUCACCUGUGGUGGUCUAAAGAAGAAUUGCACAACUAUGCAGUAUCUUUCAACUAGAACGAUUUCAAAAAUGUAAACAACUUUCUUCUUUAAGGAAAUGUCCUUGUUGAACCCCUGAUGGCUUCAGUCACAAACAGAUCUAAGUCUCUUUAUAGACAGAGUGUGAGCUCUGCUGGUCUGCGAAGCACCCUUCCGAUGUCGACCUCAAGGAGAGUUAGGAGAAUGUGCCCAUUAUGCAUUCCUUAUACAAAAAGGCUGUUAUCCUCUCCUCUUACCCGCUUUGUUUCCAAAGGCAGGUUUCUACAGUGAGAUCUCCUGUCUCUGUGGCCCCAUCCUAUUUGACUCUCAGAAAACUCUUGCUCUUCUGAGGCAAACUCUUUGUAAAAUGAGAAUCAGAAAAUUGCCCCAGUGAAUGGUCAUAAAAGCUGAAAUUAGAACAGUCGUGUUUAGGCCAGUUCUACAACCUUUUAUGGCUUGUAAAAGACAGAUCCUUGAUUAGAUGUCUGUGUGAAACUUUUCAUAAACCAUGGCUAUGGUUAAUAUAAACAGCCAAAAAAAAAAAAAAAAAAAAAAAAAAGCCAUGUAAUCAGGUGUGUGUCCUGUUAUAACCUGCUGUGGUUGAGCCAUCUUACUUAUGAAUAAGACAGCUCUCUAGAGUAUGUGCAUAGGCUUCUUGGUUCUUGGUUUUAACCUUUUCUAUCAAGAAUGUGUGAGUUAACUGCAGAGCAUAGAUCAGUUGGUACUUACUUUAGCUUCUGUUAUUGGGUAAUCUUAGCAGCUGAAAGAUAGAUAUGUUUGAAGAUUGUAUUUUCUUUUGCCCUUGGCUGCUGCCGCCAUGUAUGUGUAUAAGUGUUUUUCUACCUUCUGUUCGGUGAAGGCAAGAAAGUGAAAAUACAUGUGCUAAGUGAUCAGUGAAGCUCAUUUGCGGCUAGAUUUGUUGUUAUUUUUAUAGAAUGAAAAGUGAGUUUUGCAGUAAGGGAUUGGUAUGAGCAGGCACCAAAAUCACAAUCAUGAUUUUCUACUAUAAUUACCAUUCAGAAGAAAUCUGGAACUAGAUGAAACUAUAAUGAACAGUUCACAGCAAUUAUGAGAGACGAAGAUCAGAAAAUUCAUUAUUUGGCUUGUGUGAUUUGCCGUAUUAUUAAGUGAUUUGAACAUUGCCCUUUUUUUUUUUUACAUAAUUUUUUGGAGGGAUUGUUUAGCUCUAAAGCCUGGGCUAGAAUAGGCAACAGAAGAGGCUCCUUUCUGCCUUAGUCAUCUGGCCCCCAUUUGGCAAGGAUAAAGACUUUAUUUUUAGCCUUCUUAGAUUCAAUUUGUAAGCCCUGGAGCUAAGCUUUCAAGCUGCCAGGAGGACUAGCUAGCACUGGCCAAAGAACCUAAUUCAUCACUGAGUUCUGUUUGUGGAGAUUGAAGUUUCUACACUGGAGGUGGACUUAGGCCAUAGUGUGCCCCAGUCUGAGGAAUUUUUAAUGGUAUUCAUCAUGCAAAGGAUUCAAGUCUGCUUAUGAAGUUUACUUAAGCAACCAAGUCAAAGAAUUGGUUCAGUAAGAUGGCUCUGACUGUGUGUUCCUAAUAUUGGCAAGGAACUGGCAAGGAUUUUAAUAAUACAGUAAAGGAAAAACAUGUCUGUAUAAUUAAUUUAUUAUGUUAGUGUAUGGGCUGUGAGUUCACCUUUUCGUGGUCAUUUGUCAUUUCAUAACAACUAUGCAUUUUGGUUCACUGUGAUGAUGAUCUAUAUUUAGUGACUGCGACAUGUUUAUACCACUGAUUCAAAUUCCAUUCAUGAAGAAGUUAUACAAAUGAUGCAUAUAUUGAUAUCUUUUAUUGCAAAAAAAAUGUAAAUUUAAAACUUGUAUAAUGUUCUUGUGCUUUUUGAAAUAAAAUAUCUUAUUGUGUAUAUUUAAAAA